GAUCAGGAACAAGAACAUGUUUUGGUGUGUAUGAGAAUGAAGAGAAAAGAGGACAACAAUAGACCCAGAUAGACGAGACUUCACAGAACAAACACGUGGUGACAGUCCUUCCACUAACAUGGAUAAGUAUGAAACGGUGAAGAUAAUUGCUAAAGGUGGAUUUGGAACAACCAUCCUCAUCAAAUCCAAAGAGGAUGGACAACAAUAUGUCAUCAAGGAGAUUUUCAUAUCUAGAAUUAUUACUGCAGAGAGGCAGAAAGCUCAACAAGAAGUUGAAGUUCUUUCCAAAAUGAGUCAUCCCAACAUUGUCCAGUAUAAGGAAUCUUUUGAAGAGGGGGACUGUCUGUAUAUAGUGAUGGACUACUGUGAAGGUGGAGACCUCUCCAAGAAGAUCAAAUCUCAGAAAGGAAAACAUUUCUCAGAACAGCAAAUCCUGGACUGGUUUGUGCAGAUUUGUCUGGCACUAAAACACAUCCAUGAUAAAAACAUCCUCCACAGAGACAUUAAACCAAAGAACAUAUUUUUGACUAAAGAUGGGACUGUACAGCUUGGAGACUUUGGAGUUGCAAGAGUGCUGAACAGCAUUGAAGAACUGGCAACAACAGGCAUAGGAACACCACUUUACUUUUCACCAGAGGUCUGUAAGAACAAACCAUACAACAACAAAAGUGAUAUUUGGGCCGUAGGUUGUGUCCUGCAUGAAAUGUGCACUCUAAAGCCUGCAGUAAGUAUCCUGAGUGUGAGCUGUUUAUUACUUUAUAAACUCAUCAGUGGCUCAUACCCUCCUGUGUCUGAUCACUACUCCCAAGAACUGUGUUCCCUCUUGGCUCAGCUGUUGAAACACGAUCCCACACAGAGACCCUCAGUCAGCAUCAUACUGGACAAACCUUUCCUCUCCUGCAGGACACAGAAGUUCCUCACAUCACAGGGUCAGUCAGAGACUCUUAUGAUAUCUGAGGAGAAAACACAAAAGAGGCUUGAAGAACAUAAAGUCCCGCCCACUGUUAGUAUGGAGAGAUGCAAGGAAGCCACGAGAGGAGAGAGGAGAGCUAUGAUUUUAGAGAAAUGA